AGAGUACGUAGACCCCGCCAGGAUACCCGACCCGGGGCCGAGGGGUCGCUGCUGGCUGGUGCUGCCGGGGAGAGCAGCUGGCAGCGCUAACUGAUGGCUGAAGUAGGAAACUGGGCCUCCUCCAGCCCCAAACUUGAGCAGCUGAGAGAAGCAGGACCUCUCAAUGACUGCUCUUGAGAGCUAGAAGAACCAUCCAAGAAUCUCUCAGCAAAUGCUUAGAGCAAUGGGAAAAAAUACCAGCGUCUAUGUCAGAAGUCCUGUGUUCAUUUGAAAACCUGCAACUUGAACCACUCCAUCAGUCAGUUAUGAAACCCAGUUCACAUUCAGGAGAGCCUGCUUGCAAAAGUGGUCACUUGCGGUGUGUAUGUUAUGGCAUUGGGAACUUUUCUUCUUGUGUCAUUUCUCGAUACCAGCUAGCAUUCUUACUUCUGUUACUGGAGAAGUUACAGAUUCCUAAAAGUCGGUGCUAUAUUUUUGAUCCUUUAUUUUCCGAAUUGGAAAUUGGUGUUCUGAAUGACCUCGGUAUAACAGUUGUCCUGGAGAACGAGGAGGGAAAACAUCACAUUCAUGAAUUCACCAUCUUUUAUAUGAUCCACUGUGGAAAAGCUUUGUAUAACAACCUGCUCUGGAGUAACUGGUCUGUGGAUGCGCUGUCCAAAAUGAUGAUUAUUGGGAAUAGUUUUACAGGGAUUGAGGAAAGGUUAUUGGCAAGAAUAUUAAAGCGAGAUUAUUUGUACAUAGCAAAGGUUUUAAAAGGGACAGAGGAAUCUGCAUUUCCAAUUCAUCCUCAGUAUGUGGACAUAUUUAAUGACACCUCCAUCCACUGGUUUCCUUUACAAAAACUCAAGGAGCUCCCAACAGAAGCCUGGAAGUUUCAGGAAGAGCCAACGUACCAGGAAUGUGAUGACUUGGAGAUUAUCAGGAAAUAGGACCAAUGGAGUUUUUAUUUUUUGAUCAGACUGAAAUGGAACCUUUAAUUGCUUUCUGGAUUUUGUGCCUGUUUUUAAGGGGAUGUUAAUCUCAUAAUUAUCCAUCUAAAGCCUAGACUGGCUUGAAGGCAGCAACCUGAAUUUAAUGUGACAAGUUUUUCCUCAGAGGUACUGAUUUUUUUUUAAAGGUGAAAACUGUACUUCUAUUUAUUAUUCACUAAAUAAACUCAUACUAACUCUUUA